AUGUGCUCAAGUGGUACCUCGGACUUGGACAGCCAACGCAUCGUGCCAGAGCGCAUCGUGCCAGAGGUGCUCAAGUCGUUCUCAGACUCGGACAGUCGAGUGCGCUACUACGCCUGUGAAGCGCUCUACAACAUCGCCAAGGUGACACGUGGCGACUUCAUAGUGUUCUUCAAUGACGCGUUCAACGCUCUCUGCAAGCUCUCUGCUGACCUGGACCCCAACGUGCAGUCCGCCGCCCACCUGCUGGACCGGCUUGUCAAGGUGCCCCCUUGCCCGUCCCUGUCACUGCCUCUCUCUGCCCACAUCCACCCCCUUCACUUCUCACUUCCCGCCUCGCCUCCAUUACUGCUCCCUCUUCUCGUUCCCAUCCACAUCCUUUCUCCUUCUCCUUUGUGCAUAGGGGAAUUCAUUCCUUUGCUCCGGGCGCACAUGAGUGUGCUCAACCCCUUGUUCCUUCCUCGCCGGCUGGAUCACUGCUGUCCCGUGCCUCACACCCUGCGCCUGCCCUUGUCAUGCCCCAUACCCUUGUCUUUGUGCCCCAUGACCUACACUGCUGUCCCUAUAGAAGAGUUCAUCCCGCUGCUCCGAGCGCACAUGAGUGUGCUCAACCCCUUCGUGCAGCAGUUCCUGGUCGGAUGGAUCACCGUGCUGGACAGCGUGCCUGACAUUGACAUGCUAGGAUUCCUACCCGACUUGCUAGACGUCGGCUGGAUCACGGUGCUUGACAGCGUGCCUGAUAUUGACAUGCUUGGCUUCCUGCCCGACCUGCUGGAUGGUGGGUUGGUUGCUUGGUGCGUGGAUUGUGUGUGUGUGCCAUCUGAGUCCAAGUCCAGUCAAGUCAGUAGACAGCUUGACAGCGUGCCUGACAUUGACAUGCUCGGCUUCUUACCAGACCUGCUGGAUGGCCUGUUCAACAUGCUGGGCGAUUCAGCCCACGAAAUUCGAGUGCAGGCAGACAGUGCUCUGAGGGAGUUUUUGCACGAGAUUCGCCACGCGCCUGCUGUGGAGUAUGGGCGCAUGAUGGAGAUCCUGGUGCAGCAGGCACCCAUUCCCUUUGUCGCCCAUCCCAAUCCUGCCGUCCCAUUCUCCUCCCCCCUGCCCCAUCUUCAGGCGGUGGAGUACGGGCGAAUGAUGGAGAUCCUGGUGCAGCGAGCGGGGUCCUCUGAUGAGUUCACUCGCCUCACUGCUGUCACAUGGGUAGGAUGGGAUGGGAUGCUGUCACAUGGGUAA